AAAUUUAUUUUUUAGAACUUGUCGCAUUCCUGAGUGUGUUGUUACUAAAAAUUGUGUGACGUUUGUUAAAGUUGUAACUUUUUCAUUUUUCUUCUUUUUUAUCCGAAAAGAAUAAAAUUCUUUUCAAAUUAAAUAUUAAUCGAAGUGAAAAUAUUCUCUUGUACUCAUUUUAAAUAGAUUCUGGUUUCUGAAGAAAACGUUGAACAAAAAAUGAGACUGCUAAUUUAAUGUGAAAACAAGUACAAGUCUUCGGUCUUUAUUAGGUUUCCGUCUAAGUUAUUACCGAAAGAGUUGUUGUAUAAUUUAUUUAUCGCGCGACCUUACAAAAAUAUUAAGCAAGAAUUUGAGGUGUUUGCGUUUGUCAUUCCAUUGGACUACGACUACCAUCGUUGUCCACAAGUUUGAUUUGAUUAUACACCUGUACUACACAUAUCAAUUAUUAUUAACAAAUAUUUUUUGCUAAAUGCGAUAUUAUUAAAUCGUAAUUAAAAUCAUUAAAAAUAAAAGACAGAAGAACUCCCAAGACUCGUUGUGUUUUGAAAUUAAAUUGCAAACCUAAACGAAAAAGGAUUAAAAAGAAAUUGGGGUUCUGCGAAUACAAUAAAACACAUUUAAACUUAACUUUCUUCUGCUUGAGAGAGACAUAAGAAAAUAGGCCAAGUUGAAAAAUAAAAUAAAAUCUAUUAAGCGCCUUAAAACAAAAACAAAAAAAAAAAAAAAAAACAAUCAGAUAAAUCAGAUACUCUUACCUGCCUGCAUCAAUAAAAUAAAAAAAAAAAGUCUAUUGAAUUAGUUGCGCAAACAUGGAAUCUAUGGAAUAUGAAAUGGCAAGGAAUAUGACUCUGUUGUUCUUUCUUGAAAGACUUUUGGACAAAGGAGAACCUCGUACUGUUCACGAUUUAAGUUGUCAAUUUGGAGCAAAAGAAUUUACGAAAGAAAUGCGUCAGAUUGCCGGUGGAAGUCAAUCAGGACUAAAAAAAUUCUUGGCCCAAUAUCCAUCUAUUUUUCUUGUUGAUGGUGACUAUGUUCAAGUCAAUUCAUAUCAAACAAUUACCGACGACCCAAACGGUGGUUAUGCUGGUCGCCGUGAUUACAUUCAAGAGGCAAAGGACUACUUUAAAAAUAAAAUGCUUCAAUACGGAUUAGGUGUUGAAGUCCCAGUUAAAAGUCUGCUCGGUCAUCGCAGUCAAGCGUCACCACAAGUAAGGCAUAUCUCAGGUCAACAUAUCAAGGAGUUCACUGACUUUCUCAUUAAACACCCUGACACAUUUAAAGUAGUUAAUGAUCACGUUAUUAUUGUCGGUUGUGAAAAUAUGGACGAUCUUCCGGCAUCGGAACGCUUACAUCUGCCUCAAACCUACAUUGACACUAAAGGAACACAACAAAUGCUUGAUUUUUUCGCCCAAUGCAUCGAAGUCAAAGGCCCUAUUCUCGUCGAUCAGCUUUUCCAUCUUGUUACGUCAAAGUUCCCCCAAGAACAAUGGCUCAAAAUGUUUAAAACACCUAGCGAUUUAACAACGUUUCUUCGUUUAUUCUCUGAUUGUUUCAAUAUACAAGCAAAUCUAGUCACUCUGCUUCAAAAGCCAAAACUCUCCGAUUCUCACAUACAACAGGCUCAAGCAAAGUCACGAGAACAAUAUAAUGCAAUUAAUAAUAUAGUUAACAAUAAUCAAAUGAAUACUCAACUAAACACUUCAUCCCCCAUUCAGCAGCAACGAAUUCAUUCACCAGUAUUCCGUAGUGUAAGCAACAAUUCCAACUACAGUAACAAUUGCAAUAACAACACUGUAGCGCCAAACUUCAAGUUGAAUGAACCUGUUUCAAAUCUAUCCACACACAGCGCUGUUUCAUCAAGAGGUGAACCCAAUAGUGGAUGCGAAAGCUUUGUGAUGUCCUCUGAAAUGCAAAUUGAAAAUCUUUGCGAAAGAAACUGCCCUAGCCCUUCUACUAGUUCAUACUAUGGUACUCCUGCUGUGCAAAACAUACCGAAUCCAGUACUUCCUGGACCUCAUUCCCAACAGCCAACAGUUCCCGAAAGAGUCAACAGCCAGAAUCAAACAUUGAAACAGCGAAUUAACAAUUUAGUUAUAAGGACACUUGCAGAAAAUUUCGAAAAGGAUAAACAAUCAAUGGCUGCCUUGGGAGAUCAUGCUAAGUCUGGAAUGGGAUAUGUCCCACAACAACAGCAACAGUCUCAACAAUUCAGCCCAGCUCAUUCACCUAGUCACAAUUAUUUCGUAGGCGAUACUUGGAAAAUAAAGAUUCUACAAAACACUAGAGUCAUUUCGACUAUAAAAGAGAGUCUCUUUGUUACCGAUACUAUUCUCAAGUUUGCACAUAAGAACCAAAGUGUUGUAAUUUCUGUAGACUGUGAAGGUAUCAACUUAGGAGUUAAAGGAGAAAUUACCCUUAUCGAGAUCGGUACAACAAGAGGCGAGGCGUUUAUUUUCGAUGUGCUCACUUGUCCCGAGCUGGUCUCGGACGGUGGGCUAAAAAAUCUUCUCGAACACGACUGUGUGAUCAAAGUUAUUCAUGACUGUCGUAAUGAUUCGGUUAAUAUGUAUUCUCAGUUUGGGGUGUUGUUGAGAAACGUAUUCGAUACACAAGCUGCGCAUGCUGUUGUUCAAUUACAGGAUAGCGGUAAACAAGUAUAUAAGGCAAAGUAUAUAUCAUUAAACUCAUUGUGUGAGUUGUACAAUGCGCCGAUUAAUCCAAUUAAAGACCAAUUGAAAAAUGUGUAUCGUCGUGAUCAGAAAUAUUGGGCUAAUAGACCAUUGUCUCGAGAUAUGCUUUUAUAUGCAGCUGGCGAUGUGUUAGUACUGAUUAAUGAUCAGUUGUAUGGUAACUUGGCAAGACAAAUCAAACCAGAAAAUCAACAACUCUUCUCCGAAUUAUGUACUGAGCAAAUUUUAAUGCAAAUCAAACCAACCGAGGUAAAAAUUCGCAAGAAACAAAGAAAAAUAAGCAGUGAGGUGGCAGAUCUUAAGCAAAAACUAGGGCAAACCAAUAAGAGCAUUGUUUUAAGUAACAGAGAAAUAAGAUUACUUCGAUACAUGGACCUCACGGAAGAUGAAAAAGAACGAUUGAAGGGUUUCUAUAAAGUUGCAAAGAAAUUGGAGAAAAUGGAAAACAUUAACAAUCAAAAUAGAGAACAUAGUGACUCAGAUGAUGAUCAGGAUAAUGUAGAAAAUGAUAAUUUCCCAAGUCUAGAUAGUGUGCCAUCCGAUAAUUCACUUACCGGAACUUUUUCACCUCGUUUGAACUCAGAACCUCCUAGCUUGACUGAAUCCAUGCAAAUGAUGGACGAAAUUCUUUCAAACAGCUCUAUGGAUCGAUUGUCAAAAAUCGAUAAAUUAGAAGCUAUACUCUCGGCGGCAACCCUUUUACCCAGUGAUCAGAUUAUUACUUCUAAUUCAAUCACUGAACAAUUGGGUUCUAACAUCGCGACAACAGAAAAUCUACAAAUAGUCAGAGAAAAAACUAAAAAUAUUAAGAACUGCAAUUGCAAUAACGAACUUAACUUUUCACCAAUCUUUCGUGGCACUCCUGAUCAGAAACCAGUUGAAAAGGCCGAUGCAUCUUCACAAACAUUAAGUACUGGUGACAUAGUCAUAACAAAAAUAUUCUUCCAAGAAGAGCAAGAAAAGGCCAAAGAAAAAGUUCUGACUUCUUCACCCAGACGAUCCGCAACAUAGAUGAGUUUCGAAAAAAAAAUGCGGUUGUUCUUUAAAUAUUGUCAAUUGCUGCAGUUUCGUUCUUCGCUUUUGUGGUUCUAUGUUCUCAUUGCACCCUUUAACAUUUUUUUUUAUUCAAAAGAAUUUGGAUUUUGAAAAUUUAUAAUUAAAUCGAGAGAGGAUUGUAAGUGAUAUUUAUUGUAUUUUUAUCAAGUAUAUAAUUAGUAGUUUAUAGUAUAGAUCGGGGUAAUCGCGUUUAAUAUAUUUAAAUAAUAUUGAAUUUUUUUUUCUUCCAAUUAUUGUCACAAAUUAACUACAAAUAAAAGUGUACUGGUUCCCGUACGAAAACGAUGUAAUGUAAAAACUUAUAUUUUACCGAUUGGGAUCAACGUUAAGUUCAUUAACAAUAUUAUUAUAUUUAGAAAAAGAAAUUGAAAAUAUUUACAAAAAAAUAAAAAACUAAUUUCUUAUGAAUCAAAUAGCAAUUGAGCGUUGAUAAAUGUAUUCAAAUCUAAAAAUAUAACCAACGCAAUUUUUUUUUUUCUGUUAUAAAAUAUCAAUCAAAGAAUCCAAUGGUACUAAAAGAAUUUAAAAUUUGUUAACUAUUCUAAUCUGUUUAUUCUUACUGUUAAAAUUGUUUAAUUCCCUACAAAAUUGUAUAUACAAAUAUUUUCGUUCCUUUUCUUAAAAAAAAAAAAAUAAUAAUAAAUAUCCAUCAAAUUGUUUUAUAUAAAUGAACAUUCAGAUUUAUUGGACCAAAUACCUACUGUUACCAACUAACUGAUUAUACUGUAUUUUGUUAAAGAAACUAUAAAAGUUUAAAAAAAAUAACGAAAAUCAAAUAACUAGCCAUCAAUCGCAACUAUUGGUUACUAAAUUUUUUUUACAUAAAUAAACAUUACUAAAAAGCUUAA